UAAUUGGCUUCUUACAAAGAUCCUGUUCAAGAUCCAGAUCUUCCAAGCGUUCGGCGAGUUCGAGUUCCCAGCUCUAAUUUUGAAAAAUGGUUCGAUCGAAAAGAUUGAGGGAUCAUGAAGUCACAAAUCUUGUGCUGGAUGAAUCUCAAACAAAUGGUGAUAACUCGUCAUCUAUCUUGCAAUCCACAUCCUUAGACCCUGAGCCUUCUUCAGACCGAUCACCUGCCUCAGAUUCGGAGUCUUUGGAAAGCCAACCUCAAGUAGAGGAGGAAGUUGAGAUUGAACGUGACGACACAGUAGAGAUAAUAGAUGAAAAAGGGAAUGUGAAAAAAAAACGAAUGAUGCGUGCAAAGGAUGUAUGGACUUUGCUGGCUAGUGAAAAAAUCAAAGUAGAAUGCAACCAAUUCGGGCAGCCAAUAAAGAAAGCCGGGGGCAUAUUAGGAGGUUGGCUAGGGACUGUAGCACGACGUGGAAAUAUAUGUCCUAUCCACUACAUAAGUUGGAAGAUCAUGCCUACAGAUCCAUUCAAACUAAAGAUCAUUAAUAUAACUCGAAGUAAGUUUUCUCUUCCCGGAGGUAUAAUGAAAGUUGAUGUUGAUGGUUGGAUAUUAAAAUCGGUGAGCAAAAAAUGGAAGGAUUAUAAAUAUGAUCUUAAAGCAAAGAGUAAAAUUAAUCAACACACACAACAAGAAGUAUCUAAAAGUGUGCCUCCAGAAGUUGUACCGCAACAAUGGAUCGAUCUUGUUCGCUAUUGGUAUUCGGAGAAAAGCGAGAAAUAUUCAAAGAUCGGCACGGCAUCGCGUAAAAAUCAUACAACUCCUCACACGACUGGUUCUAAGAGUUUUGCAAGGAAGCGAGAUGAAUUUGAAGAAAAAAAUAAAAAACAACCAGGACGUAUCGAGUUUUAUGCCAUAACGCACAAUAGCAAAGAUAAAGCUUACAUCAAUACAGCAUCAAACAAUUUUGUGGAAAACGCAAUGAAUGCUAUAGCAGCAAGUUCGGCAGCUGAACCAUCAAAAUCUAGUACUAAUCUGGAAAAUGAUUACAUCAAGAAUACUCUGAAAAGAGAUAAAUAUGGUCGAGUAUUGGGUUAUGGGAAUGGACCUACUCCAACAAAGAUUUUUGGUCUUCAAUCUCAGCUUAGGGACAUGGAUAAUGAACAAGAAGAUCCAAUGAAAGAAGAAGUCAAAAGGUUGAAAGCUAAAAUAGAAGUAAUGCAAAACAAACACGACUCAGAUAUGCUAGAGAUUAAGUCUCUAUUGCGGCAACUUGUUGGGCAAUCUGUUAAUUCCAGCACUGAUAUAAGAGAUCCAGCACCAAGUUAGAAUACAUUGGUUGAAUUUCUAAUCAGCUUUUGUUCAAGCCAUGAAAACUUCGCUACUUUAUGACUAGUAUGUUGUUUAUAUGUGCUAACUCUAAUUUUGGGUUGUUAAACUGAUGAUGUAUGGCUACUAUAUUACAAAGGUUGAGAAUAUGACUAGUAUGUUGUUUAUAUGUGCUAACUCUAAUUUUGGGUUGUUAA